GCACACAGCGACUGGAGACGGACGGAGAGCAACGCGCUGGGAGAGGAGAGACCACCGACAACAGCCCCCCGCUCUCACACAUACACUCACACUCGGCUCUUUCCUCUCCCCCCACCUCCUCCUCCUUCCACCCCCACCACUAACACCAUCUCCUCCUCCUCCUCUCUGCAACAAGAAAAAAAAAGCCAUUUACAGGGGGUGAUGUGCAACUAAUUAAAGGCAGACUGGCAGCGUCUGCAAAUUCUAAGGCUCCCCAAAUAAAAAGAGACUGCUCGUUGGAAUGACUUUCUUUAUUUUAGUUGUAACAGUUGGAGGAUAAUGCAAAGGAAGACUCUGCCUGGGAAUUCACCGUCUGUGGAAAUGCGCCCCAGAGAGGAAUAAAGCAGCCCUCAUCUUGCUCUCCCCACCCGGACCCGCUUUUCCCUCCCGCCUCGGCCCCCACCCCAACACCACCAUCACCCCCUUCCCUCCCCCCCACCUUUCCCCCUUUUCCACCCAGGUGUCGGACCAGGCGGUCCCCACUUCCACCCUGCACCCCUUCUUCCCCCCCUGCACCAUGAACACCAAUGUCUGCGUGGAGCCCGGGCCGAGCCCGGAGGCCCCGGGCUUGCCCAAGGAAAGCCACCUGCCCGAGGGGGCCCUCAACAGCCUUGUGGAUUACAACUCGGAGAUGGAGCGCUACCGCUCCUUCGCCACCUCCUUCUACAAGACCAACGGGGGCGCCUUCCCGCAGGCGGCCAAGAUCGCGCGCAUCACCACCCCCAUCUUCCCCAGCAGCGCCGCCGCCGCCGCGGCCGCCGCGCGCAUCGGCAUGUCCCCCUGGAACUGCGACAACGCGGCCACCGCCGCCGCCGCCACCGCCAUGCUCUGGGGCAGCGGCGGGGGCGGGGGCGGCGGCGGGGGCGGAGGCGGCGGGGGCGGGGGCGGGGGCGGCAGGAAAUCCUCCUCCGCCGCCGCCUCCUCCUCCGCCUCCUCCACGGCGAUCCUCCCCGCCGGCGGUGGCGGUGGCGGCGGCGGCGGCGGCAGCAGGACCAGCAUGCACCACCGAAACGACUCCCAGAGGUUGGGGAAAGCUGGCUGCCCGCCAGAGCCGUCGUUGCAAAUGGCAAAUACUAAUUUCCUCUCCACCUUAUCCCCUGAACACUGCAGACCUUUGGCGGGGGAAUGCAUGAACAAGCUCAAAUGCGGCGCUGCUGAAGCAGAGAUAAUGAAUCUCCCCGAGCGCGUGGGGACUUUUUCCGCUAUCCCGGCUUUAGGGGGCAUCUCAUUACCUCCAGGGGUCAUCGUCAUGACAGCCCUUCACUCCCCCGCAGCAGCCUCAGCAGCCGUCACAGACAGUGCGUUUCAAAUUGCCAAUCUGGCAGACUGCCCGCAGAAUCAUUCCUCCUCCUCCUCGUCCUCCUCGGGGGGAGCUGGCGGAGCCAACCCGGCCAAGAAGAAGAGGAAAAGGUGUGGGGUCUGCGUGCCCUGCAAGAGGCUCAUCAACUGUGGCGUCUGCAGCAGUUGCAGGAACCGCAAAACGGGACACCAGAUCUGCAAAUUUAGAAAAUGUGAAGAGCUAAAGAAAAAACCUGGCACUUCGCUAGAGAGAACACCUGUUCCCAGCGCUGAAGCAUUCCGAUGGUUCUUUUAAAGCAGUAGUAUAUCUUAUUUUCAAGGCAUUUGGAAAUGAAGGGCAAACUAAUGUCUUGUUUUAAGAAACUGCUUAGUCCACCACUGAAGAAAAUACCCAGAAAUUAUUUUCAUUUUAUGUAUAAAGGUUUCUUCAAAAAAAAAAAAAAAAGAGGAAAAGAAAAAAGACACAUAAAAAUAAUGUGGGAUCUUGGGGAAUCGGCCAGUCUAUUUACUUUCAAUACCCUGAUUCUUUCUUUGAUGUAAUUUAGCUAUACUAGUGAAGUUGUUGUCUAUUUUGAAAGUGGCUGUAAAAAAAUAAGUUUGGGUAAACCCCUACUGUAAAAUCAUGUAUCUUUGCAAAGUACAUAUCUAUACUUCAUUUUCAAAUAUAUGUGUUUCAGUACUGUAAACUGUACAGAUAGCAGCUUGUAUUUUGUGUGUUUAGACACAAGGAGACAAUCAUGUCUGAGCAUCUAUGGAGAUUAACAGUUUGUACACAACAGUAUGGUUCUGCAAGUUAAAUCUGGAGCAAUAAAUUUUAGCUUUAAAUAUUUUUUGCCAGUUGUUUCUAGAAGCAGCAACGGCCCUGGCACCAUUUUGCCAUGCAUCUUUCCGUUGAGACUUGAUGCCAAGUUUUACAAGACUGAAAGAUUAUGAUGCAUCCAGCAAUCACCUUCAGUUGUAUUGUUGUAAGAGGGGAAGAUGUUAUGAAAGUUUCAAUUAAUCUUUGAGCACUAUAUUAGAGUAGUGGUUAUGCACUUGCAUUGCUUACAAAUGAGCUGUACAGAAGGGUAUACCUCCCAAAUACUUAGUGUAGUUGAUUUGUCUUGGGUUGCACUGUAAGGCGGAGUACUUCAGAGUAGUUGGAAAAUGCGAAAUUUAUUGUAUGAUUAAAAAAAAAAACAGUGUUUUCUAGGCUACAGAAUAAAGUAUCCUAUCUUAGGGGGUGAAAUCCAUGACUGACUUUUUUUUUCCCCAGCCCAACGUGAGCUGUAUAAAUUUUUUAUGUUUCUUUGUUUAUUUUUUACUUAUUUUUCUGGUAGAAAGAAUAAAAUUUAAUAAAGAGUAUCCAACAGUUUUAAUUCCAUGUGUGAUAUUAACUGGGUAGUUUUAUUUUAACACUUGAAUAUCCUGAGGCCUUCUGCCUUAAGGCAUGGCUGGAUGUAUUUUCAGUUUAGAAGAAUUAAACCCAUGCAUAAGAACGAAAUGGUUUUUAUCUCUUUUUAAUCUUACUUUUUCAUAGCCUCCCAGUUGGACCAGUAGUCUUCCUCUAGUUUUUCAAUGGAAUGCUCCCUCAUUGGCCAGUUCUGUUCUUGUCACUUGAUGCCUUCAAUUAUUGAGAAGGCAGGGCCACAGUCUGUGGAAUUAGAUAAAAUAAGAUACCCCCGCCACCAUCACCAGCACGCACAUGCAUACACAUGGAGGUUCUAAUGCUCCACAAAACCUGGGCUACCUUUUCACGUAGGAUAUGGUUUUCCCAUGGCAGGUUCCUAAAGGCUGUCCCAUUAGGACAAAUAUUAUUGCAUUUUAUUUUAUUUUAUUUCCAGAUUAUAAAAACUAUUUUCAGUUUAAGGAAUGGAACAGAGUUUAGCAAAAGCACACAGACUAUGAAAGUGGAUAUGUUACUGCAACUUUUUGUUCCUUAUCCAGCAGCCGAUUGUUUUAGACCACUGCGCCUAUUAGCCUGCUGAAGAAGGUAGCAGAAUGGGUCAUGAGAAGAGAAAUAAUUUGAGGAGAGAGAGAGCGAUGGAACAGUGAAAGGGGUUUUAAAGGUUUGGAAAGAUUAUCAGGUGAAUAUUUCUGAAAAUCUAGUUAUAGUUUGAAUGGGAAAUGGUAUGACAGAAAAAAAAAUUUUAAAGCAGAAGCAGCACGUCAUCAUUAGAGUACUGGGGAAAGGAUGGAGUGGUGCAAAUGCUGAUGUGAAAAACGUGUAACUUAACGCACCUCGUGUGUGAAUAUAUGGCCUACAGUUAUGGUCAAAAAGCCUUUUUGAGAUAAAUUCAUUAUGUAUCACACCUUUCCAUACUUAAGAGAUGAGACUUAAGUGAUAACAAGCUAAAACGUGCUGUGUGCUGUAUGGAGAUAGUUUCCUGCUUGUAUAUUCCUUUGAGGGUUUCUAGUUAGAAUUUCUGUUUCUGCUAUAGGACCAAUGAGAGCUAUAUGAGUUCUUACUUAUUCCAUUUUAAUUUUACAUUUUUUGGUUGUUUACCGGUAUGCUAAUUAAUUACAAGUAAAUGAAAACUUACUUUCACACUUGAAAGGUAAGCUUGCCUUGCUUUUUGGAAAAUGAUGAUUGUUACAGAAGUGAAGCAAACUUCUAUUCAGGCUAUUUUAGACAUACAGUAACAAAGACCACAUAGCAACGUACUGGAGUCUAAAAUACAUUCUAGUAGUACAUGUCUUGAUGUGUUUUUGUUGUUUGCUUUUUUAAAAGAACGAAUGAAUCUGUAUAUUGUAAAAUGUGGUGUUUUGCCUGUCAAUUCAUUUUUUUUAAUGAAAGAAAAUUGGUUGAUUACUGAAAUGGGAAAGUGUAGCUUUUAAGACAUUCUCUUAGGUUUUUCUUAUUGACGUUAUUUUAUACCACCCACUUUUUAAUGUUUUUGAUUAAACUCUAUUUAUGUAAUGUAUGUUGAAUAUAAAGUUCUCGUUGGUGAUGUUGAAGAUAUUAUUCUUCUGGCCUUCCUUUAGUUUUUCUCCAUAUGUCCAUGUACUGAGAACUUGUAAAGCAUAUCAUUGAAAUCCUAAGGCAGUGAUUUGAAAGUUUAUAUUUUCCAUAAUUCUAAAAUACCAAUGAAAAGUAGCUUUUAAAAAUUCCUUACUGUAUGUUUCAUAUUCAGUAUCAAGAAUGUUCAAAAUAUGGAUUGUGUGAACUGUCUAUACAAUGGGUUGUCUAGACUAUCUGUCCAAUGUAAAAAUGAUAUAUCAGAGAAGCUGAAUAAAAGGUUUGUCAGAGAGGUCCAUAUACACAGGGUCUUGUCUCUUCUAGAUGUGGUCAAGGAGAUGCCAUACCCUGCCAGAAUUUGGGGAGAGCAAGGAAAAUGCUUGUGACGUCAGUAUAUGGUGCCAUGAGCCAAUGUCCUUUUCAGUUGAUACUCAGCACCCUAACAUCACAAGAAUAUCAAAACCUCUCUCUUUCCAUGUCUUUAGACCAAAUGAUUUUCCGAAGGGCUCUGCCUGUCUGUGUACAAGUGGGGGCAUGUUCUACAAAAUAGAAAUUUAUCCACUCUUAGGAGAGAAAAUGUUAAUAGUCAUCUCCCAGUGUAAGAGUAUAUAAAAAUGUCUCCUGCUUACUUCCCAACAUUCAAAUUUCUUAUUCUGAAUACAUUUAUAGGGAGCAAGAGAUGGUGGGCUUGCUAUGAAUGAAUACGAAGCAAUCACUAAAAGAAAGGAAUAUUCCCUUACUUUCAUUCAGAACCCCUGGCAUGCAAGUUGUGCAAUGAAUGCUAAAGCAUAUAAAGUCUUUAAGCUGAUAGUAUCUGUAAUCAAAUAAUGAAAAAAGGAGACCAGUUAAAUGAAUAUACUAUUCAGGGUCAAAGAUGUUCAGCAAAAAGCUGUAGUGGGUCUUUGAUCAUGGUUAGAGUCCCAGUGAUAUCCAACAGUUGGUUCUCAUGUAACUGCUAAAUGUUUCAGAUUUUGUUUUUAUUAAACUUGGCAUUUCACACUGAGAUCUGUAUUCCUAGUGAAUAAAAGACAGCUACUAUGUUAGGAGGGAUUACAUUUUUACAAUUGCAAAACAGUCAGAGAUAUUCCAAGAACCUGGGCCACACAAUGUACUCCUUUCACGGUGUUCUCCUAUUCUGAACUGUGCAGUUAUCUAUUAAAUUUUCUAAUAGAUAUUUGUGUAAGGUGUAUGUAUGCUUGUGCAAUUAUUUAAAAAGCAGUUUUGGAAAACAGUGUAUUUAUUAAAGAAAAUCACUUAUGGGGCAUGUACAAAACUGUAUAAAAAACUUUUAAAAAUCACAUUCAAUUUGCCCAGUAAAGUUGUUUUUGUGAAAUUUCUGUGUUGUUGAAUAAAGGACUUUAGUAUUCAAAA